AAAACUAUUAUCUGUUGUAGGGAGAAUUGAGCGUAUAGUUUCAUUAUCAAAAGCCCUAUAAAUAGGGAGGUAUUAGGGUUUACAGAGACGGGCCAAUGGACCCAUAAUACAUAGUUUACAUAGAAUGAUCCUAAUACAUAUUCUAUAUAAACGAUAGCACACUACAUAGAAUUUCCUUCAACACUCCCCCUUGUGCUGAGUUGCAGAUAGAAUUUGGUAUCAGUCUUGUUGCCUCGUCAGAACCGUGUCAAGUAACAAAAACCCUGUGGGAAAAAAUUACCUUGACCGGAGAAAAAGAUUAUAACAUCAAGAUAGGCUUCUUCCAUUAAACCCAUCUUUAUUUGAUCCUUGCUUUGAUCAUUAAAGUUUAUAUGUGUUGUUACCUCAUCAAAAACCUUACCAAGUAACAAAACCCGAUGGGAAAAAUAAAACUUGGUUAAAGGAAAAGAGUGUAACGUAAUGUAGAUGGGGAACUCCCCCUCAAGUCUACACAUAUCCUUAAUAGUUACAUUAAUCAAGGAUGUUUGGAAAGUUCGUGAAUUCCAAUACUUGUCACAUUACUUACCUUAGCGAAGGCACACAAAUAGAGGAAUAUAAUUCCUUUAAUUCUCCCCCUGUGUGCCGAGUGUAAGGUGAUUAAUGUUAAAAUUAUUAACUUGUUAAAAUUAUUAGCUUGUUAAACCUAUUGCCAAUGAACAAAACCCAAUGGGAAAAAUAAACAUCGGUCAAAGGAAAAUAUGAUGCACUAAUAAGCACGCGUCAAUUACUUUUGACUGCGAUAUAUUAAUUAUGUUCUUCCUUCAACAUAGUUUUACCUUCGCAAAAUUAAAGUGGGGGAUGGUGCAUAUUAUGUUGGCUCAAAAAACCUUACCAAGUAUCAAAACCCAAUGGGAAAAAAUAGACCUUGGUUAAAAAGGAAAAAGAGUACAACACGCCAAUAUAAUAUAAUUGAUGAUAAAUAAGUGUGUAAGUACUCCCCCUGAGUGCAACACAUCAAUAAGAAUCUAACAUUUACUUGAUAUAUACUUUUAUCAAGGGAUUUCGUAUAUAACAUCAUGGUUUCUUUCAUGAUAAAUAUAUACUCAUUAAUAAAAUAUCGAUAUAGUAAGGGGAUACAUAUCAUCGGUAAAACUCAAAUCACGUUGUUUUGUGUUAGAGUAAUACUUUUGAUGUUUUCAAUUCCUUUAGGAAUAUUGUUAUCAUCAAUCAUUUAAUUCAAUGCAUAAGGGAUGAAUAAAGAUUACUCCAAUGGUUUCAUAUAGAUAUCAAAGUACACUCUUGAUACCAUUUCAAUGACGAUAUACGAUGUGUUGGUCAAAGUACAAUCAUGCGCAUAUGGCACUUACAUAGGGAAUUUCUCCUCCCAAUAACUUUUUAGUAAUGGAACUUUUCUAGUAUCCAUAUUUCGACCAAUCAUGGGAGUGCUAACAGUUUACAUUUAUCCAUAUCAAUUUUGCCUGAGAACCCUUUUGGAUAUAUGCAACUGGUGAAUUAGUAUUCAACCAACUCGGUGUUUAAUUUCAAAACAGAACCAAGUUUCCCAAGAUCCUUCAUCUCAAUUAUGAUUUUCAAGUAUCUAACAUGUCUCAUGUUCCAUUAUGAGUACAUAUUAUGUCUAUAUCAUGGAGAUACAGUGAUAUUUGGAAACAAAACUUAUUCCAUUAUAAAUGCGCUAGGCAUAAUAUAUUCAUUUUGCAUCCCUUUUAAGUCAAGUGGUCACUUAGACGGGUAUGUCACUCCCGUCUGGAUUGAUUUAAUCCAAAUGUGAACGUAUAUAAUGUUAUUAAAAACCACUUGAUAAAAACAUAAGUGCUUCAUAAAAACAUAACUGCUCUUAAGUAAGAUUGAGACAUGUAUUUGGUGACCCCAAUCUUUAGCUGCGUCUCCAUUACUUUGGAGGCUACUUAAAGAUUAAGUAGUUGAACAUUUUUGUGUUCAAAAUAGAGAAGUGUGUAAUUUUUCAUAUUUGAAUCCAGGGCAUAAUGAGAAUAAUUAGGACCUCAUUACCUCAAUACGCUUUCUAACAAAGAAUAAUUUAUGUCCUACAGGCUUUACACUUGGUUGAUUAGCACUAUCACACCAAAUACCUGUCUCUUUGUCAAAUAUUAAAUUUAUACCUGGAUUACUUGUACGCUUUUAGGCCAAAAUUCUCAUUGCUUUCAUGUUGCAAUAGAGUAUGGUUCGAUAUCAUCGUGCUCUAUAUUCGUUUGAGCAACCAUAAAUAUAUCAUCAGUAUAAGUGUAAGGUCUAUCAUUCGACUCAUACACUCUCAUUAACAUGGAGAUUUUAAUUCUCUGGAAUCAUUUAAACUUCGGGGCGUCCCCCAUUAUUGAUUCAUGGACAUGUUUAGUAAGAGAUAAUCUCAUGAGAGGAAUUCAUAUGAUGACGAAUAUAUUGGUUUGUGCCUUAUCUACCAUCUACUACUUGGGGUGGAUAAUUGAUCGAACCAUAUGGCUUCACUCUGUUCCUUUAGAGAGCCACGGCCUCAACCAUAACCCCACGGUUUGUGGUUGCAAUGCUUCUUCCUUUAGCAUUGUGUCUUUUAAUUUGAAUUCAAGCCUUAUGAAUAUAUUUGCAGUUAAUGUGUAUAAUCUGAUUACUUAAAUCAUUUAUGAUAAUUGAUAAACACUUCAACUUCAAUGUUACAUUUUGAAGUCUAAAGUUUAUCAUUGAGACAGAGUAGUGAUGUACCUGCCAUUUAAUUAGAGAAUUCUUUCUCUAAUCUCCCCCUAAUGACAGGAAAAUUAGUUGUCUCAUAAAAGUAAUAUUCCGCAAAGCGGUGAACACAUUAUUUGUUAAGGCUUGUAGCGGUUAUUAUUGGAGGUUCAUAUCCAACAUAAACAACAUUUGUCUUUUAAAACCGAUUAUAGUGCGCUGUGGGGGGCGCAUUAGGCACAAUUAGUUAACAACCAUAUAUAUAUAUAUAUAUAUACGUAGAACAUCUCAGGCUAAGAUCCAGUCACCAACUGGUAUACACAAAAGGGUUGUCUACUGUCGGUCUAAAAACAAAUGUGUAAGAGUGCUUGCAAUAUUGCAUAAUCCCAUGAAAAUAAUUAUAUAUACGUGUGCGCAUAGUAGAUAUAAUAUUCACCAUCUAUAUUCUUUUAGAUGUGAGCUUUAGUGAGACUUUAUUUUUACAUGGGAUGUGAGAUGAUUUUCAUUUAUCUCAACAAAUAUGCAAUACCCAUCAAGUACUUUUUGAUGAGAACUGUCUAGCAGUAACAAGUCAUAUAGACUUGAUUGGUCGGGUGGUGGGCCCUUAAAUGAAAUAAAUUUUUGCUAGAAGUUUAGCAAAUGCAAUAUUUUAUGUGACAAGAAAAUAGAUAGCAUGAGGAGAUUUCUACCAAACCAUAAUUACUUAAAUGACCCGCAUUUUGGUGGAUAAGUUCUCAUGUGUCACAUUGUAUUAAAAAAUGAGAUAAUCUUCAUUUUUAUAUCCUUAGCAUAGACAAGUCUGGAUUCUAUUAUUGCUAAGGAGUAAACUUUAAGAAAUAACUGACAUACCUUCUAAAAUAUUUGUUAAGGCAUAAUGGAGAGUACAAAUUUCUUCUCAUACUUAAGAAGAUUUAUAUUGAUUUGUUAUUAAGCAAUGUUAAUACCAACAAUUUACCUCCUUGUGUCGGAUUCCUUUUAUCCUUUAUUCGAAUAAUUAAUGGUGACUCGGUUAUACUAAAAUUUGUAUGAGUCAAUGCCCAUUUUGACUCAUAAAUUUGCUAAAUAUGCAUUUUCUUUUGCAAUUAGUAGAUGUAAAAUGAUACCUUCCAUCUCAUUUUUAUAACGAGUUUCUAUGUGAAUACCCAUUGAGAGUAGCCCAGAGGGCAUUGAUGUCCGAGCAAUGUGAGAGUUCGGAGAAGCCUCACAUACUCUUACAGCUCACAAGACAUGGACUCAUGACAUGGUUCUUUUUUAUGUGAAAACCAUUGUGAUGAAUAAAUUUUGAACGUAGUAAGCUUUGGUGACUUCUAGAUGCAUUUAGAGGUCACGAGUACAAUUCUAUUCAUUUAGAUAUGAAAUUUUUAGACAGUCUAUCGCCUUUAAUCAAUCAUAAUGAAAAUCAGAAUUAGUUCAAUAGAUAAAUGUGCAUUUGUUAGUUUAUUGUGUACAACCACAAUUAGUUAAAACACCUAUUUGUCAGUGGUUAUAAUAAUUUGCAAAUGUCACUCAUAUAUUUUAGAGUGCUAUUAUCUCAAUCAGAAUGAGGUACAUAUCAUUCUAUUAUUUUAUGGAUAUACUCCUUUGUAUACAUUGGUAUAUGUACAAAAUUUAUAGAUAUGCCAGUGCAUAAAAGUCUUAUAACAAACUUUAAGACUCAAACUAAAAGUCUAAUUAGAAGUUAUAAUGUUCAUAUUUAUGAAACUCGUGAAAGAGUUAAACUAAAAAAUGGAUAAAUCCAACAAUUAGAGAAAAUUCUUAUUUUCAACAUAGGGGAUAAUCAUAAAUCUGAAUUUAAAAUUUAGUCUCUCUUAGUCUCAUGUAAUGAAUUUCUUACUCUUCAGAGAUUCUUUGUCGCUUCCAACCAAUAGAUGUACAACAAAUGAAUUUUACCCAAUAUUCAUAUCACUAUACAUAUUUCUUUGAAGUUUCUUUAUCCAAGGAGAAUUCUUUGUGUGUCACUUUUUUGACACGUGCUAAUACAAUCAUAACCUUAUUAAGUGGUUUACCUCUACUAGUUCAUUAGUAUAAGUGUAGCGAUUGGUAUAAAAUUGAGACAAAAUCGUUUUACCAAAUGAACUUUUGUGAUUAGUUUUCAUACACAUUUUUUUACGCAUGACAUGUGCCCGACAUGCAUUGAUAUUUUUGUACUUAAUCAAGUAAAAUUGAUUGCAGUAAUCAGUAAUUGAGAUACAAUGUGUUAUAAAUUAUUGGGGGAAAAAAUAUUAUAUGACAUUCCACUUUCCUUUUUCUUUGAACGGAGAGGAAUAUAGUGAUUCCAACAUUAGAAAGCUGAAAAUGAUACUCAUGUUCUGUUGCCCAAAACGUCACAGUCGAAUUGAGUUGGACAAGCAAACCUUAAUUAAAAUAUACAAUUAUGAGUAUAUCAGAAUUAUUUCCUUCCAAAGAAUGGAAUAUAUUCUCAAAAAAAAAAUAUAAGAGCAUCUCCAAUGCUAUAAUGUCCACGUUGCAUAUGUGGCAUGAGUGAUAACCACAUAAAUAUUAGCAAAUGAAUUAUUUAUCUCCUUAUUUGAAUGAUUUUAUACAAUUUUGGUAAGUUUUUCCCUACAAUGUCAACAACAAUGUCAACAUCUAGACGGUCUCCUUGACAGUGUGGAGAAAAACUUACCAAAAAUGUAUAAAAUCAUCCAAAUAAGGAGAGAAAGAAUUUAUUUACUAAUAUUUAUGUGGUUAUUUCCCAUGCCACGUGUGCACCGUGCACAUUUUACCAUUGGAGAUGCUCUAAAGGCUAAUUGCCAUCCUUUGGAUAAAAACGUGGAAUAGAUUCUAAAGUCAAAAACUUAUAAUGGUGUCAGAAUUACUUGAAUACAAUAAAUUGGCAUGAAAAUAAAUUGACAUGAAAAUCUACAGCGCACAAGAUAGGAAUGUUCAUUAUUUUGGCUUUUAACAAACACUAGUGCUUGUGCUAAUGUGGGCUUUCACCAAUUAUAAUUUUUAUUAUUAAAAGAAUUAUAAGCAAUAAUUCUGAUUGGUAUGACUUAUAAGCACAUAUAUAUGCAAUAAAACAUUUAAUAUGCACAAAAUGUUAUACGAUGAGCAUUUUAAGGGAUAUGUAUAGUGAUGAUAGAUGAUAAACAAGCAAGACAACGUGCAAGAUAAUGCCACUAAUUAUAUACGGAGUAUAAAUUGUUAAUAAUUAAAAUUGUAAAAUAGGUACACAUCAUACGUAUAUCAUCACAUAUAAUGAAUAAAACAGCACAUAAUUGACAUACCUGGGACCCUCUGCAUGUGGGAAUUGAAAUGGGAUGCACUUGUAAUUUCAAUUGGGGCCCUCCACGUAUAUUUGUCCAUCCUUGUCGAUCGAUCAACUUACCUCCGACUGAAUGGAAACGACCAGCGUCACAGACACCAUCAGACAAGGUGAUGGAUGGCGCCGCUUGUUCGCGGUCGCUUGUUUGCAACAGCUACCUUCAAGCUGCGGCUUCGUUAGCGGCUGAAUAGGGACGUCAAUCUGCCAAAUUUGGCUGAGGGAAAUGUGCACCGGACUCCAGCAAGUGACUCUCCAGCGGCUGCUUUGACAAGGGUGGCGGAAAUUCGGCAAUUGAGGCUGGUGGCCGGUGGCCAUAAGCCUGCUGUAAUUAAUGUGCGCAGCAACAGAUCCGGCGGGAGACAUCUUUAAGCGAUGGAUCCGACAGGCAGCAUUUUUGGAUCCGGCAGGGCAGCGGCGAGAGACUAAGUGCGACUAAGAGGGGGCAUCGGAAUGAGGACGGCGGCUAAUAGAGGGGGGCGACCGGCUGGUUGGGACAAUGAUGACCAUGAGCAUCAGACUAGCGGUCAGUGAGCUUCAUGGGAGGGGAUGAAUUUAGCGACGGCAAAUAAAGUGAUGAUUCUUUGAACGCCGUAGCAUGAGGCCAUACAAGGGAGCCAUUAAUGGAGGUGAGAUGGAGGUCUUUGCCGGUAGCAGCGGCUGAGGGAGGUAGAUGUUAGAGUUCUCGUGAUGAUAACGUGUUGUAGGGAGAAUUGAGCGUAUAGUUUCAUUAUCAUAAAUAGGGAGGUAUUAGGGUUUACAGAGACGGGCCAAUGGACCCAUAAUACAUAGUUUACAUAGAAUGAUCCUAAUACAUAUUCUAUAUAAACGAUAGCACACCACAUAGAAUUUCCUUCAACAUUAUCCAUGCAUUGUGAAAUAAAUCUACAUGAAAACAUUUAAUUAUAAACACAUAUAAUCAUUGUUUGUCAAUUGACAUGUUUCUG